AAAUAUUAUUUUUUAUUUUAUUCUGGUAUAAAUUUUUAAAAAGACGUUAAUUUGGGAUGAUUUUACGAGAUUUUAUUAAAGAAAAAUUUAAUUUAAUCAUCAGUCCAAAUUUUGUUACAUGAAAUAUAAAAUAACAAAUCAUCAUUCAAUAUUUAUUAACAAUAGAGAAUAGAAUAUUAAAUCCAGUAGAAAAUAUUAAAUAUUAUUUAAAAGUGUAGAUGCUAAACUUUUUAUAGUGUAGUUCAUAUCUCUAACUUGAAUUUUCUUAAUGAACAUUAGACAUAAGAACAUUAUAAAGAAAAUCUUUCAAGAAGUACUGAAACACAUUAGAAAAUGACCACAGAAUUAGCUGUGAUGAUGUCAAAAACAUCUAACAGCGGCAACAAUCACAAUGGACAAUUGAAUACAACCCAAUCAGACACAUUCUCAAUUGAAUCUGACUCAAACGGUGCAGAUUCACCAAAAGAUAUAAUCGAGGACAUUUGCGGUAAAUUGGAAAAUAACACUUCCACAAACAACAAACGAAAAUUAGAUCCAGACACAACUACUCCAGUAAAUGGGAGGAAAAAAUUAAAAAACUAUGACGACGACCUCAUAGCCAGUUCAGAUGACAAAGGUCGAGGAAAACGUGUUAGAAAGCCUACUAAAAGAUCAAAUUAUCUCGAUGAUUAUAUCGACGAAGAGGACGAGAAGAAGAUUGAAAAAAGUGAAUCAUGUUAUAGCAGGGUAGUGGCUGCCAACAAAUCAGAUUGGAGACAUACCAAAGAUUCUCGAGACAAAACAUACAGACCCACGUACAGACACCCUCGUACUAACAACAGCCAUAAUACCAACAAUAAGGAUGAUACUACUGCUUCUACUUCUAAUAAGAGUAUUGUCAAUAAUUGCAAACAUGACAAUGAUGGUCAGCGUAAUUCUAGCAUUUCAAUCUCCACAAAACCACAAAACACCACAAAAUCUUCUAGUCUGGGUGAAAAAGUAGAAAAUUUGUUUGAAAAUUAUUCUCCAAAUUAUUCAAAACCUGAUAACAUCAUCACAUCAGAAGCAGUAAAAAUAACGACAUGCAUUCCAACAACAACAGUUAAUGGUCAGUCAAAAAUUUUAGUAGAAGAUAUAUCUUCAGAGGAGUAUUUUGUGAAGCAUGUAUACCAGCGAAAUGAUGACAAUGCAGAUCAUCCUCUUAUGCCUUUCAACAUGCCAGAACAGUUCACAGAAGAAGUAAAUGAAGUCGAUGAUUUAGAGGGCUUAACUAUCAUUGAUAUCAGUUUGUCUGAUGAAGAAAUGGACGGCCGUAGAGCAGCAAAUGAUCAAAAUUUAAAAUUAUUAAACUUAAAAAUGCUUAAAACGAAUAACUCAAAUGUCGAGGAAAAUAUUGACCUCAUUGACAAUGAGGAUAAUUGCAAAAUUGCAGACACGUCAUUCAACACAAUGACAGCUACAGAAGAGAACAGCAUUCAUGAUCUCGAUGACAGCAGUUCAUGUGACUUUGAUACCAACAACAAGCUUCCUACUUUGCAACAAUCGCUUCAAAAAACUGAAAUUGCAAGUCCAGAAAGACAGAAAAAUGUUUCGCUAGCAUCUUCCCACAUCCCUUCAACACCGGCUGCUAUCAAAUCUGGGACAGUUGAACGUGAUUCAACCUCCAAGCAACCAACAAGACCCAAGAAGACAGCAAGGAAUCGACAACAGGCUACUAAACCAAACAAACGAAACACAUCAAGGCUCAAAAAAGAUAGAAGAAAGAAUAAAUUAGAUGAUUAUUAUGAUGAAGAAGACCAGAUCAAUUCGAAAAUAGUUAGCAGAUUUGUCAACAAACAGCCUCACAGAAACAGCCACCAGAACAAUAACUCAUCAAAGUUUGACAGACGAAAGUUAGCAGACAACUCACAUUCAGCUCUGGUUGGGCCUUAUAUUCACUGUAAAACGUCCAAAGAUUUGCCAACGAUCUGCAAGAUAAUGAACGACCCAACAGAAACUGACACAACACUGGGUACUGCCAGAUACAGCAUGCUGUCAUCUGAGUCAUGCAGUAGCAAAGCAGCCAGUCAAAUGAUUGCAAAUGUGCCUUGGAAAUGUAUCUUCUGCUGCCAUGGCAGCUGUCACGUGACUUUGGGAGAUCUUUAUGGCCCAUACAUACCCCAACAAACAAACAUCAUGCUCACACCUAAUAUAGAAUUGAUUAAACAACAGAAUACUUCUCCUAGAUUAGUGGCGGAAAUCAGCACUUCUGAUAAAUCAAAUUCCGGCAGCAGUAGAAAGUUAUCUCAGAAAUCGAACGACAAGACAAGCUCACAGUUGCAUGUCCUGCCAAACGGACUGCCAAUGGAGAUGUGGGUUCAUGGAGAGUGUGCAGUGUGGGCAGGGGGCGUAUGUGUUGCCGGUGGAAGGGUCAAAGGUCUCGAGGAAGCUGCUCUUGUGGCCUUGAACUCGAUUUGUUGCGUGUGUCACCAGAGGGGUGCCACAGUCGGCUGCAUGGUAAAAGGUUGCAGCCAGAAAUACCACUUCAUUUGUGGUAAAAGUGUAGAUUGUGCUUUCCAAGAAGAGAACUUUUCACUAUUAUGCCCAAAACAUAAGACUAAACCUAUUAGAACUUACAAGCCGGUAACAAUGAACCACCAUCAAAUAUACAUAACAUACUGUAACCUUACUUUAUUACGUUCAAAAUUUUGCUUUUGAAAAAGUUAUUAACUUUUUUAAUGUUUAAGUAUGGAUAUUGUACAUAUAUGUGUACGUUUACUGUAC